AUGUCUACCUCCGCAAGACGACGCCUGAUGCGAGACUUCAAGCGCAUGCAAACAGAUCCUCCUGCCGGUGUCUCCGCCUCACCUAUUGCCGACAAUGUUAUGACCUGGAAUGCCGUGAUAAUAGGCCCCGCGGAUACUCCCUUUGAAGAUGGCACAUUUCGACUGGUGAUGCAGUUUGAAGAAGCUUAUCCCAACAAACCCCCUGGCGUGAAGUUCGUUUCUCAGAUGUUCCAUCCCAAUGUCUACGGAACCGGCGAACUUUGUCUGGAUAUCCUACAGAACCGCUGGUCCCCUACCUAUGAUGUUGCAGCCAUUUUGACCAGCAUUCAAUCUCUCCUAAAUGACCCCAAUACGUCUUCUCCUGCGAACGUCGAAGCAAGUAAUCUCUACAAAGACAACCGAAAAGAGUAUACCAAACGUGUGAGGGAGACGGUAGAAAAGAGCUGGGAAGAUUGA